GCGUGGAAAAUAUACAAUGGCCGCUCGCGCUGUUUGCAGUAAUUUUGGAGUGAAUUAAAAAAAACGUGAAAUAAUGUAUAAGUGUAAUUGAUAAACAAACAAAAAAAAACACAGAAAACGAAAAAGCGUCAUGAUUAAAGAAAUGGCGAAUGAUGAGGCCGUACAGGCAACAAAUGAUGAUGCAAGUGAAUGUAAAAAAUAUGCGGUUCAAUGUGGAUAUUGGUCGGAUCCAUUUAUAAAUUAUUUCGUCAAGCACACCAACAAGAAGACACCAGAAAUUAAUCGUGGAUAUUAUGCCAGAGUCAAGGGUGUUGAAGUGUUUAUUGAUAAAUUUUUAAAGUUAUCCGGUGGAAAAGGUCAAAUUAUAAAUCUCGGCGCAGGUUUUGACACUCUUUAUUGGAAACUCAAAGAUGCUGGAAAUAGUCCAGUGAAUUUUAUAGAACUAGAUUUUUCCAAUAUUACUGCGAAAAAAUGUUAUCACAUUAAAAAGCAGAAGCAAUUGAUAGAUAGGCUUAAUACAGAAGAUGGAGAAAUAAGAUUUUCCUCGACAGAAUUGCACGCAGCUAAUUACCAUUUAGUUGGCGUAGAUUUGCGUCAUACUUCGGAUUUGGCGAAUAAAUUGUCACAGGCCGAGGUGAAUUUCAAUUUGCCAACUUUGUUCCUCGCUGAAUGUGUUCUUGUUUAUAUAGAAACAAAUUCGGCGUCGUCACUUUUACAAUGGUUUGCUGGAAAGUUCCCAAAUAGUCUUUUUAUUAACUACGAGCAAGUAAAUAUGCGAGAUAAAUUUGGACAAGUUAUGCUCUCUAAUUUACGUAGUCGUGGUUGUCUUUUGGCUGGAGUUGAAGAUUGCGAAUCUUUGGAAACACAACAAAGACGGUUCACAGUAAACGGAUGGGAAGGAUCGAAUUCUUGGACGAUGGUUGAGGUUUAUGAUUCUUUGCCAGAAAGUGAGCGAAUUCGAAUCGAGCGAAUAGAACUUUUGGAUGAAAGGGAAUUGCUGACUCAACUAUUGCAGCAUUACUGCAUCGCUGUAGCUUGGAAUGGAACGAUGUUUAAAAACCUCUCCAUAGCUCAGGGUUAGGCCUACCCAAUCAUCUCAGUUACUCCAGGUAGUGACAUUUUUUUAUUGAUUAUUUGAUUAAUUGAAUGAAAACUUAUGUUAGCGUUAAACCCAAAAAAAUUACUUAUUUUUCAAGCAGCUAUUAUAAGUAGCUUGAUUAGUUGCGUCCUUUCAUUUCUUUUAAUUGAUAAUAGAAAAAACAAAGCAGUACAGACUGAUUUAAUAUUUAUUAGUUAAGCUCAACGUUCAAGGAGAGGAAAGAACUUUGAAUAAUGCUGAUAUCAUAGAAAUAGGCCAAGUUCCAAAAAAUGAGAACAAUUUCUUUUGCCGAACAGGAACAAGAAUUAGCAGUAACUUUUAAAUUUAAUUUUACAUUAAUCGCACAAUAUUUCGAAUUCUCUCCUAUUUCUAUGAAAAUCAAAAAUUACUUCCAUAGAAGAUUCAAUGUGUUGAGCUUCUUAUUGGAAUUAUAAUAAUAUAUGGAAAUGUUAUUUAUUCUGGCGGAAUACUUACUGUGAUUGUUUCCAAUUUUAACAUAAAAAAACUACUUCUCAAGUAUGGGCCAAAUGCUCAAAGAAAAAAGGAAUCUUUAAAAUUACGUAGUUUUAGUAAGAAAAACAACUAUAAAAUAGAAUUCAUUUAUAAUCUAGAUUUUGGAUAUUUCAAUCAUCUCUAAGAAAGUAAAUUUGAAAAAUUAAUUAUAUAUAUAUUUACCCUUUAAAAGGUGUAGAAAUUUAAGAUGAGAGCAAACGAAUUAAUUUACAAAACGUGAAAAAAAUAAAAUUUAUGCGCAACGAAAGUAAAAAAAAAAAAGAAAUUUCAUGAAAAUUUUUAAAAACGUCUCCAUCUUGAAUAGAAACAUUAUUCUUUAAUAAUUUAUUAAUAUUUUUUUCAUAUACAUAGGUAAUCUAUAAUAAUUAUUGUGAGAUGAAACAUUUUUUUCUUUUAAUGUGAUUAUUAGUUAUACGAUUCUAGUUUUUCUUUGUCGUUUCUGUAUGUACAUAAAAUAACAAAAGAAUUACAGUUCAAUUUUUUCAUUUUAUAAUAUAUUUGUACUUUUGCUGAUAUCAUAAUUAUUUAAGGUUGUUCAUCGUCUACAGUCUUUGUUAAAAAAAUAAUAAUAAUAUCGAAAAUUUUCUUUAUUUGAUUUUCAUUUUCAGAAAAUUUUAAUAUCUAAUUAAUAAUAGAAGUGAAAAACCAAAUUUAAUAUCAUUAUGUUGACAUUUAAUUUAAACUCAAAGAGACUGUCGCAGGUAAACCACCUUAAAGGCAUUCACAUUCAGGGAAACCAGGGUUGUAAAAGCUUUCAAAGAAAUGUUGUUUUUAGAUAAAAAGAAAAGCAGUGCUGAAUCAAAUUCAAAACUAUUUUUUUGUAAGGUUAGGAAGCUAAAGAAUACACGUCAAGUAUAAUAUAAAUACUUAAUUAAUUAUAUAUAAAUUAUUAAUAAUAACAAUAUCAUAUUAUAUUUUCAAGUCAUUAGAGGUGACAAUUGUAAAUAUAAUUAACUGCUAUUGAACUGAUAA